AUGCCUGGCCGAGUCGCCGCCCGCUCGACCUCCGCUGCGACCCGUAGGUCAUCCGCACAACCGUCAACCGGACGCGCCCCCUCGAGCCCGCACUCCCCCUCAUCAUCGCCCAAUCUCCGCCGCGAUGUGUCCGCCAUUUUCGCAGAUGCUCAACGAUCAACCACCGGCCACCGCAAGCUCAUGGUACGCUUGCGCAAGCUGCAGGAGAUUUGCUGUGGCAUUUACCAGAAGAACAAGAAAGGGACGGAUCGAGAGCAGGAGGAGAUUGUGAUACCCGAAGAAGCGACGGUGGCAGAAAAGGAAUUCAAUGUCGAGGUUGGCCGUUGUGUGCUGCGUAUCCUUCCGAUCAAAAAGUCUGAACCAGUCGGCGACCGCAUUCUGCGCUUCCUGGACACUUUCAUCGCCCAUGCCUACGAGAAAGAUAAUGAGCUUUUUGCAUCCAAGGAAGAGGAGGAGGACGAUGGAAUGCAAUCUGCGCCCGAAACCCCGACUUCGCGUCUAACUUCAAGUCUUGUGGACUUGAUUGUUCCUCUCCUCGGUUCAAAGGACAAAGUUGUCCGAUUCCGCGCGACUCAGAUUAUCGCACACAUCGUCAACACGCUCGAGUCAAUCGACGAUGAAUUAUACCAUACCAUCCGACAGGGUUUGCUGAAGCGAAUUCGUGAUAAGGAGUCAUCAGUUCGUGUACAGGCCGUCAUUGGCCUGGCACGGCUCACUGGAAAUGAUGAUGACGAGGACGGCCCCGAUGACAACUCCACGGCACUGUUGGAGAAAUUGAUCGAGAUUAUGCAAAACGACACAAGUGCGGACGUUCGCAAGAGCCUUUUAUCGAAUCUUCCGCUCUCACAAGUUACCCUUCCCUACCUUCUGGAACGAGCCCGUGACCUCGACGCAGCAACGAGGCGAACACUAUAUUCACGCCUUUUACCCACACUCGGCGAUUUCCGUCAUUUGUCUCUGGGCAUGAGAGAGAAGCUGCUGCGAUGGGGUUUGCGUGACCGUGAUGAAAGUGUCCGCAAAGCAACUGGCAAACUGUUUUACGAUCGCUGGGUUGAAGACUGCGCUGGUUCGAAUCAGGGCGAGAACAACGGCCAACGGUCUGCCCCCAACCAGGGUGCUCUUCUGGAAUUACUGGAGAGAAUCGAUGUUGUCAGCUCCGGUGUUGAAAGCGGCAUUGCCCACGAGGCAAUGCGUAGCUUCUGGGAGGGCCGCCCCGACUAUCGCGAAGCCGUUGUUUUCGAUGAACCUUUCUGGGAGUCCUUGACCGGAGAGUCGGCAUUCAUGCUUCGCACGUUCAAUGAGUUCUGUCGUGUCUCAAACGAAGGCAAGUACGACGAUCUUGCAGAUGAGAAGAUGCCUACAGUCACUGCAUUGGCCUACUUCCUCUCCAAGUACACCACGGCCUUGUUGCAGCGGAAGAAGCUUGGCAAGAGUACUGGUGAUGCCAACGACGAAGAUGCGACCGAGAAUGAAUUUAUUGUGGAGCAGCUCUUACAAAUCGCAAUCACUCUGGACUAUAGUGAUGAAGUUGGUCGGCGAAAGAUGUUCUCCCUUCUGCGAGAGUCACUCGCCGUCCCAGAACUUCCGGAAGAGUGCACCAAGCUUACAAUUGAGGCUCUCAGAUGCGUUUGUGGACCAGACAUUGCCGGCGAGAGCGAAUUCUGCAGCGUGGUUCUUGAAGCUAUCGCUGAAGUGCACGACACCAUCAGCACCGAGGACAGUUUUGUCUCAGCCAAGUCCGAAAUUAGCGAUGAUGCUAGCAGCCGCGCUCGAUCUGAGACGCCUGCUACCGAAGAUGAAAGGCCGUUCAAUAAGGAAGAAGCCAAGGCGAAGAUUCUUCGCGAGAUUGUGGUGAAUAUGAAGUGUCUACACAUUGCACAGUGCAUGCUUCAGAAUGUUGAGGGCAACCUGCAACAAAACAUGAACCUACGAACUAUGUUGAACAGCCUCGUCGUACCUGCCGUGCGAAGUCAUGAGGCUCCCAUCCGGGAACGUGGUCUAUACUGCCUGGGCCUUUGCUGUCUUCUUGAUAAGAAUGUUGCUGAGGACAACAUGACCCUGUUCAUCCAUUGCUACAGCAAGGGACACGAGGGCCUCCAGGUGACCGCCAUCCAGACUAUCUGUGACAUUAUCACCACACACCCCUCCCUGCUCGCGCCUGUCACGGAAGCCGAUGGAGAGACUGUGACCACGCCCGCAAUCCAGAAGCCCAUUCUGAAGGUGUUCUCUCGAGCUCUCAAGGCGAACUCUGCUGCUGCAGUGCAAUCGGCCGCCGCUACCGCACUCUCAAAGCUUCUGCUCACUAACACCUUCACCCCAUCUGGGCCGAAUGUGCCGCCUGCUAUCCAAGAAUUCAAUGAGAAUGCCGUCGAAACACUCUUGCAGAGCCUUGUUGUUGCCUUCUUCCACCCCCGCACUCGUGAUAACCCUGCUCUUCGCCAGUCACUGGCAUACUUCUUCCCGGUGUACUGCCAUUCGCGACUCGAGAACACUCAGCAUCUGCGACACGUUGCUGUACCAGUGGUCCGAGCAGUCAUCAACGCCGCUGAGGAGUAUUACUCGCUCGAGGCCGAAGAGGAUAGCGACGGUGAGAUUGAUGAGAGUGUUGGUGAGCGUGAAGUCAAGGCCCUUAUGACUGGUGUUAUCGGUAUGCUCGCUGAAUGGACUGAUGAGCGUCGUGUUGUGGGGAUGGGUGGUGAGCGUGUGCUGGCCGGUGGUGCAGCUAGCUCCACUGCUUGUGGCUGGGUACACAUGGCGCUGGUCAAAGAUAUUCUGGAACGAGUUCUGGGUGUGAGUGCCGGUACUAACCGCUGCUCGCGGGAAGAGCGUAAGCUUCUCUUCUCGCUGCUCAGCAAACUCUACAUUGCGGCUCCCACGCUUCCAUCGCGUGCUAGCUCUCGUGCUCCCGAGGGCGAGGAUCAAUUCCGCACUAGUAUUCGCAGCGCCACUAGUAUCGAGAUUGACCCUGACAACGUCCAGUUGGCCCAGGAAGUCAAGGAACUGUUGGACCAAACCAUUGAGGAGGGUUUGGCCGGGGAAGCUUCUAGUCGCAACGCCCUGGUGAAAACCAAAAACGCUAUUCUUAAGAUUCUUGCUGUUGCUCAAGAUGCUCGCGCUGCCAGCGUCCGUCCACGUGCUGGCACCGAGGAUCUCGAGAGUGACGCAGGAAGCGUUCGCUCAUAUAGUGUCCGUCGCUCUGUCGAACCGACUAGCCGCCGCCAUGUCUCCGUGGAACCUAGCAUCAUGGAAGAAGAUGAAGGCGACAGUGGGAUUCGAUCUGGUAGCGUGCGACCUUCGGUUGAGGGCGGCUUUGCCAGUCGGAAUCUAGUCUCUAUCGAGCCUAGCAUCAUGGAGGAAGAUGAAGAAGAUGAUCAUGAUACUAGCAGGGGCACCAUAAUCAAGGAGGAGGUUGCCGAUGAAUGAUGAUAUUUACUUUUUGGUCUGGAAUUGGUGGACUGGCUCUGGCGUUGGUCGUGUUUGAGGUUUGGUACUUGGAAUAUUGUGGUGCCCGUGGACUUGUCGGCGCUUGUAUAUGAUUUGAUGUUGAUUUUUGCAUUCUCCUUGUUUGAAUACUAUUCUUUGAACAUAUCUUGCAUGACCUCGGACAUUGUGAACGAACCUGUACAGUUGUUUACAGUGUUCCUUAAGCUUGAAAUCCGGACCAUUGUUCAAAACCAUCUUGGCAGUCACUUGUUGAACAAUAG